AUGAACAAAGACUCGUGCUUCAAUUACGUGCACAUGCAUCGCUCCGGCGACGCGGAUCUCUUUGAGGACUUCUGCAAAGACAAGCUCCCCGAUGACGAGAUUUACGUCCCGCCUCAGCAUCGGCCCAUCAACCCAGAAGACGAGGAUGACGUGGUACCGGAUCAGCACGCCGCAUUUGGAAUCCAGCGCGCGACGCAGCGCGUCAAGGAGCCCUCGUGGAAGGACCUGGGCUUGUCGGAUUUAAUGAGAAAGGGACCCAGCUCAGAGAGCAAGGCUGCUGGGCCGAGUAAGACGUCAAAGGCGUUGCCGCGGUGA